GCCCCGGGAGGCUCCGAGCGCUGGGUCCGGCCGGCCGAGGGCAGCGAUGCGGGGCGGCUCCCGGCCCCCUCCCCGGGCACGGACCGGCCAGAGACCCCGCCCGGGCCGCGCCCUGGAGCCGCCGGCCGAAGUGAAUGAGGCAGAAAAUGUGGCCGGGGCUCAGAUCGUCUUUGUAUUAAGCAGGGUUGCUGAUGUCUCAAUCAGAAAACAGUUACAUCAGUUUGGACAGACCAAUGCUGCUCCUCUUCCAAAUUAUUGUGGCAUUCUUGAAAACCUAAAAAGGAAACUUAGAUUCUUCAGGCAAAUUUUGGCUGGUAGAGAUUCUGGAUAACAGAUAAAACGAUCUGACCACCAUGAGUUGGAGUUUCUUGACCCGUCUGUUAGAGGAAAUCCACAAUCAUUCAACAUUUGUUGGCAAAAUCUGGCUGACGGUUUUGAUUGUCUUUCGGAUUGUCCUUACUGCUGUGGGAGGGGAAUCCAUCUAUUAUGAUGAACAAAGCAAGUUUGUGUGCAACACGGAACAACCAGGAUGUGAGAAUGUUUGCUAUGAUGCUUUUGCUCCUCUUUCGCAUGUGAGAUUUUGGGUGUUUCAAAUCAUUCUUGUAGCCACUCCAUCGGUGAUGUAUUUAGGCUAUGCCAUUCAUAAAAUUGCCAGAAUGGUGGAACAUAACGAACCUGACAAAAGAACCAGGAGCAAAACCUUUUCAAUGCGCUGGAAACAACACCGUGGCUUGGAGGAGACAGAGGAUGACCACGAAGAAGAUCCAAUGAUGUACCCAGAAAUAGAGCUAGAAAGUGAGCGGGAGAACAAGGAGCAGCCAGCCCUCACUAAAGCUAAACACGAUGGCAGGCGGCGAAUUCGCGAGGAUGGGCUCAUGAAAAUCUAUGUGCUGCAGCUGCUGUCUAGGACUAUGUUCGAAGUUGGCUUUCUUGUUGGUCAAUAUUUUUUGUAUGGGUUCGAAGUCAGCCCCACAUUUGUAUGUAGCAGGAAACCAUGCCCACACAAGAUAGAUUGUUUCAUUUCAAGGCCUACCGAAAAGACCAUUUUCCUUUUAAUAAUGUAUGGCGUAAGCUGCCUGUGUUUACUUUUGAAUGUCUGGGAGAUGCUCCAUUUGGGAUUUGGUACAAUCCGAGACACAUUAAACAGUAAAAGAAAAGAGCUGGAAGACUCCGGUACCUAUAACUACCCUUUUACUUGGAAUACUCCAUCUGCUCCUCCUGGCUAUAACAUUGCAGUCAAGCCAGAUCAAAUCCAAUAUACUGAAUUGUCCAAUGCCAAAAUGGCCUACAAGCAAAACAAAGCUAAUAUAGCUCAGGAGCAGCAGUAUGGGAGCAACGAAGAAAACAUUCCAGCCGACCUAGAAAAUCUGCAGAGGGAGAUUAAAGUGGCUCAGGAACGUCUGGACCUUGCAAUCCAGGCCUAUAAUAACCAAAACAAUCCCAGCAGUUCCAGAGAGAAGAAAUCCAAAGCAGGCUCAAACAAAAGUAGUGCCAGUAGCAAAUCGGGGGAUGGAAAGACCUCUGUGUGGAUUUAACGUUCGCUGAACUUGUAUUUUUUUCCUUAGUUAAUGAUAACCAGCAAUUCACUGAAUAAUUACUUUCAUUAAGUAAACAUUUGACUCUGUUUAUCUUCAGGGAUACUGUUGGCUAGCAAUCCAAGCUCUCAGAAAGUUUAUGCACAUGCCCUAGAGUUACAGAAUUUUAUUCUUGUGUCUUCCAGGUCAGGAGAAGAACAGGUAUAUUUAAAUCAUUCUUGUUGAACGGUUUACACUGUAUGUACAGUAUUAUGGUGCAUUUAUUCUGCACAAUUUUUUGUAUUUGUACAUUGGACCUCUGCAGUUAUACUUUUUAUAUUAAAGAAAAGAAAACAAUACAGGUAACGCUUAGCAUUUUGCUAGUUCGGUUACUGUGGUCAGCAGACUUAUUUUUGACUUUUUUUGUUUUAAAUGUGAAGUUGUCUGUGCUGCAUUUCAGAAGUGCCUUGUACAUGCGCACAAGACAGAGAGGAUACUUCAGUUACCUAGGGAGCCUAUUUAGUGUUGACUGCUUAUCAGCAGAGCAGUCAAGGGUUUGGAGGAUAUUUCAUGGUGCCACUGGUUGCAUCUUUAUGCAGUUAUGUGCAGCUCACAAAAUGAAAGUAUCAUAUAUUAACCAGAAUGUGCCAGAAUGUUGCACCUUGUGGUUUAAAUUAUUUAGACAAACAUACGUAGGUUGUAAGGUAUCAGUUCAAAGCAAGAAUGCCAUAGCUAAUUGGGGAGGGCGGGGUUUUGUAAGCUUUAUCCAACAGGGGAAAGUGAAACUUAGAACUACUAUAAAAUGUUCUUAAAAAAUGGGUAGAAAUUACUGUGUAUUCAAUAAUUCCAUGACAUUUAUGUGAAAUGCACAAUAAGGUAUUUGUUUCGUAAGGUCUUACUAUAAUGCAAAAACCUGUGAGGGCAUUAAAUUGUUACAGUAACUUCAGGAUAA